AUGCUUCGAACGUUCUUCGGAGUUCUGCCAAAGGAUGAGACGCCCAUUCUCUUCUCACACUACUUCUCAAGGCUGUAUACCCCACCGUUUCUCUCACACCGAUCCAAAUCUACGACCAGGUCACCAAUCGCGAUGAGUGAAUAUAGGUCAGAUCCUCCUCCUGAAAGCUCGAAUCAACCUCGUGGAGGAGUCCGUCAGUCCCUGCGGAAAAUGAAGGAUGGGUUGACCAAAAAACUUCCUAAACGCUUCAAGCGAACACGCAACCACACCACUGCGGCCCAGGAUGUCGAAAUUGAAGGGGUUUCAUCGAGUCAGAAAAUCGAGGACACGCUGCAUUUCCAUCCUUCCAACGAUAACAAGCAUCCCACCACAUCUAAGAUUCUUAGCGACUCCGGGAACCAAGGGCUGUCCGGAGAGCCUGCUUCGCAGGUUCAGGCUACUGCCUCUGGCAAGGAGGAAGGCCCUAAUCCCCAAUUAGUUGAUGCUGAACUUCAGGCAUGGGAUUACUCGGGAGACAUGCGACUUCUAUGGCAUCCGCCGUCAGUAAUGCCCCAGCGGAUCUCGCUGCCGCGGAUGAUUUUGAGGCAACGUAUCUCGAACCCCUAA